AGAGCAAAUAUCCGAUUCACUUUGGCUGUACUACAAAAAAGUCACUUGGAAGGAAGCAUUUGUGUCUUGUCAGAAUAUGGCAGCUUCUCUUGCCGAACCAGUUACAAUUGGCGAAAACUUCGCUCUUCGGAGGGGCAGGGUCUGGGUAGGUCAAUACCAGUAUACCACUCCAUGGAUGUAUCCCACUGGGUGCUUCAGCGUUGAUAAUGAAAAUUUCACGAGGAUUGAAAACAAUGAUAUUGUCUCAUGUAAGCAGAGGUGUGGGCAUUCCGACAUUAUGCUGCAGAUACACAAGUGCCUAUGUGUGAAUACAGCUCCGGACAUCGAUGCUCGAAAACCACGUUCAUACUGUAACGUUAGAUGUCCUGGUAACCCCAGUGAGAUUUGCGGAGGGAGUGAUGUCUAUCUACACUACACAACAU